AUGUCAAAUUCUUAUUAUUUCACAAUUAUAGGUACUAAAGAUAAUCCAUUAUAUGAAUUAGAAUUCUCAUCUUUUAAGAAUAUACCUACAACAUUACCUUCCAAUUAUAUACCUGGCAAAUCUCAAUUUUCACAACUGACUAAAGAAUUAUUACCAUUUAUUGCAAAUUCAUCAUUGGAUAUAAUUGAAGAUUUACAAUUUCUGACAAAUCUUUUAAAUCUAGGUAAAAUUGAUCAAUUUUAUGGAUUGAAUAUAAAUGGAUAUAUAACUCAAGGUUCAAUUAAAUUUAUAAUAUGUUAUGAUUCUACAAAAGAUGAAAGUAAUUCAAUUAAACAAUUUUUUCAAGAAAUUAAUGAAUUAUAUAGUAAGGUUUUGUUGAAUCCAUUUUAUAAUGUUAAUGAUGCUAUUAUAUCUCCUGAUUUUGAUUUGAAAGUGAAACAACUAGCGAGGAAGUACUUGUAA